UCGUGGGUAACAGACGUUGUUUGAUUCUACUAUAACUCUGACGCGUUUCGCGUUGACCUGUGAAAAAUAAUUUUCUUUUGCGGCUUUGGAGUCUAUCAGUUGUGAAAUUCUAGAAAGUGUAUGAGAGAAAGUCUUGUAUGCGACUUUUCUAAAAGUCUAAAGUUCCGUGUUUUCGGUGUUGAUAGAGACAACAUAGCACGAAACAAAAUAUUCAAAGACCAAACUAUAAUAAAAAGUGUAAUGUAAAUAUAAUAUACACAGUACAUAUAUAUAUAAUAUAUAUGUAUAUGCAUAUGACUUAGUAAAUACCUACAUAAAACUGAAUUCAACCAUGAUAUCAAUAUAUAUAUAUAUAUAUAUACAUAUAUAUUAAAUUAUUUGAAUAUUGAAAAUGUUUGGAAAACCAAAUUCGUCGCUCACUUUGGAUUUCAUCGAAGGUGCUGACACCCUGUUUGAUGAUAGCCUUGACAAAGUCUUGAGCGAUCUAUGUGUCGAGUGUCAGCAGUAUGAGUGUGAGCAUCAAAAUAUUAAUUAUGUUCAAGAAGCAAAAGAAGAUUUACGCGAUGAACAAUUGUUGGGAAAUGAUUCAAAUGAGAUUUAUCUAAAUUUAGCAUCGGCAAAACAACAAGUCAGUCUUUCAGAGUUUAGUCUUCACAGUAUCUGUGGUGGCGACGACAAUGACUUCUACAAAGGAGAUUGUGUUUUAGAUAUUUUAGACAAGGAGAAGCACCAAACGCAACCUGUUCCGGCGUAUAAUCAGCCCCCAAUGGCUUCAGUGGCCCAACAACAACAUCGUUACCAAGCCGUCGAGCAAUCGGGAGGUGUAACUGUGUAUCCGCCCCGUAAUUAUCCGGCACUCGAGGCUGUGCCGGGGAUAACAUUUCCGAUGGGGCAAUCUAAUUCACAACAGAUUCCAGGACACCAGCAACAGCAAUAUCCAAUGCAACAACAAUAUCGAAUGCAACAAAUAUUUCCAAUACAACAACAUAUCCCAAUGCAGCACCAAUACCCAAUUCAACCAGAAUAUCCAAUGAAACAACAAUAUUCACAACAACAACAACAACAACAACAACAACAACAACAACAACAUCAUAUGAGCUUCCAGCAGCCUCAUCAACUUAAUCACGGCAUUUAUCAACCAAAUCAUUUGUAUCAAGUAUCACAAACUUAUCAGCAACAACAAACCUACGUAAGUUUAUCGAGCUCCAUGGAUAACUACAAAAAUGCCGUAUAUUUACCAGCAAAGCAGGAGCGUCCAGGGAAUUGCUGCCAACAAGCGCCGACUGGAGCACCAGGUGUAAAUGUUCAAAGAAUGCUGGGUCACGCGCCGUGUCGCGGCAAUGCCCCGUGGUCAUAUUCUUAUUGUUACGGUGAUGAGCAGAACAACUAUGAGCCCUGCCACUUUAUAAGAUGCGUAGACAUUGAAGACUUUUUAAAUAAUGAAAAGCGUAAAGAAAAAUCGCGUGAUGCGGCUAGGUGCCGUCGUUCUCGCGAAACGGAGAUAUUUAGCGAAUUGGCACAGAUUUUACCUCUACGCAAAGAGGAUGUAAAUCAAUUAGACAAGGCAUCUGUAAUGCGUAUCGCCAUAGCCUUCUUGAAGGUGCGCGAAAUGUUGCAAUUGUUUCCGAAAAUUCAAGAUUUUGUUGAAGAUGUAGAACUAGACAACGAUGUUAGAGACAAGUCCAACAGUGUCUCUCAAACCGAAAAUAUAAAUGGAAAGUUUGAUUUACUUAAAUGUGCAGACGCCAGCCAAUUCAUAAAACAAACCUUGGACGGCUUCCUGUUUAUCCUCUCCAAUGAUGGCGAUAUUACCUACGUAUCAGAUAAUAUAACAGACUAUUUGGGAUUAGCAAAGAUUGACAUACUCGGCCAACAAAUUUGGGAGUAUAGCCACCAAUGCGAUCAUGCUGAACUUAAAGAAGCGCUUAACAUAAAGAGAAACGGUAUGACCGAUAAGAUUAAAGAUGAGAGUAUGGUGGAGGAAGGACUUUCUACUGACCAUCGUGAUCUUUUCGUGCGUUUUAAAUGUACAUUGACUAGCCGCGGACGUAGUAUUAAUAUAAAAAGCGCUUCAUAUAAAGUUAUACACAUAACCGGUCACUUGGUGGUAAACGUGAAAGGCGAUCGUGUGCUAGUCGCUAUUGGCCGACCAAUACCACAUCCAUCCAAUAUAGAAAUACCGUUGGGGAGUACAACAUUCUUGACGAAGCAUUCGUUGGAUAUGAAGUUUACAUAUGUAGAUGAUAAAAUGCAAAAUCUUUUCAGUUACACACCUGAAGAUCUACUUGACCACUCACUAUUUGCCUGCCAUCAUGGAGGUGAUUCUUAUAAGUUAAUGACUACGUUCAAGACGGUUUUGAGCAAAGGCCAAGGUGAGACUGGCCGUUACAGAUUCUUGGGGAAAUAUGGCGGUUACUGCUGGAUUGUGACACAGGCUACAAUUGUCUAUGAUAAAUUAAAACCACAAAGUGUUGUUUGCGUAAAUUAUGUCAUAAGCGAUCUUGAGAACAACAAUGAGAUUUAUUCACUUGCACAAUACGAGGCAAGCAAGUUUAAAGUUGAGGAAAGCAACGGCGAAAGCGAUCAAAGCAACGUUGGCGAUAGCCGUAGCAACAACAAUUUUGAAAAGGAUUCAACCGACAAAACCAAUAAUAACAACAACAACCCAACUGACAACUAUAAAGAGGAAUUAUUAAAGACCAAAGAGCCUAAGCUUGAAGAAGAACAAGAAAACCAACAACAAGAGAAUCAACGGAAAAAUCCGUUAACAGUGAUCAAAAAUAGCAUAAUCGAAUUGCAAUCGAUCAAACCAGUCAAUUCACCACCGGUACCACCACUAAACCCGAACACCGACAACCAUCUCCUUAUUAAAAGUGAGAACACAUCUACAAUUAUCGUUAAUACAAAUACUACCUCAACAACUGAGCCAACCACUUCCCCAAGAGAUAAUCCGACGAAAUCGAUUGAAGUUAACAAGCCGAUUGUAAAUGAUGAUAUACUUUCCACUUCCCCGUUGCGUCGAAAUGUACAAUUGGGUUAUAUAAACAUCAGCGACAAUAACGUGAAUAAUAACAACAAUAUUACGAAUAAAAAAAACUUGCUCAUAGCGAAAUCAGCCGAAGAGAACCGCCCAAAGUCGGUAACCGCAUCGGUAUUUCGUCCGGCUGCAAUAGCUGAUUUGGCCGCCACACUGUCGCAAACAACGCCUCUGCCAUCGACCACUAGCACUUCGUCGGUGUUUGUAUGUGCUUCAAAUGCUCCGUUGCCACAUAUGAACGCCGCUCCUCGCGCCCAAUCGGUGACGGCUUCCGUAUUCACGCCUAUUUCGCAGUUGUGCAAUAGACAACAACAACACAUUGUUAAAGCCAAUUCUGCUAUCACACCAACAACUGUUACAGCAGCAAUACUCAGCGGACAACAGCAUCCUUACGCACAAGCACAGCCACAGCCACCGCCGUCACAAGAUAUGAAUAAAUUCAUGUCCUUUGGGGAUGAUGCUACUGAGUUAACAAUGCUCAAAGAGGAACCCGAUGACUUGCCUAGCUUGGCCCCAGCCGCUGUUGAUGCUUGUAUGCGUCUGAAUGGUACUGCGCCAUUUUGCGAUGAGAUGCUAUUGGGAUUGUGCUCAUAUUCUUAUGGUGGAUUUUUGCCCGAUGAUUACAGUUCACUCGAUUCAAAUACGAACUGUUCGUCGCCAGAUACACCAAACAAUAACAGCAACAGUAGCACAGUUUUCAACAAAAACCAUAGCAAUGAGAACAGUACCAACAUUGAUAAUAACAAAAUUGAUUUAAGCAGUUCAAAGCAUCAAGAUAGUUGUAGCAACAACACUAAUGCUAUCUCAUUGCACAAUAACAACAGCAAUCACAUGUGCAGUAAACCCGUUGUACGCGUCGAUCCAUUUAUUAAUUACAGAGAGGAAUCAAAUGACACUAGCUGCUCACAGCAUUUACUUUCGUCCAGUGUGGCAUCGAAGAGUCCUGAAGCGAGCAGUUUGCCUUCGUUAUGCAGUCCCAACUCUCUUAGUCAGGAUGAUGGAUUUGCAUUUAUGACAAUGAGCGUUGACGAAGAUAUCGAUAUGAGUAUGCGUGCGCCGUAUAUUCCAAUGAACGAACAAGAGGACUUGCCUCUUCUCACUGCAGAUGAUCUGAUGUGGUGCGCUAGCAAUGGGCUUUGUAGUGAAGAAUUGAGCAAUCAAAAAGAUGUCGACGCCACAUUGCAACAAUUGCAGUUGCAGCAGCAACAUUCUGGCGAGAGCAAUCACAAUCUUUUGACCGGCUAUCAAGAUGCUCAACACAUCAGUCAAUCAAAUUUUAAUUCACUGUGCUCUUCACCUGCAUCAACAGCUUCAUCGAUUUCACCGUCUCCGGUGAAUCAUCACCAACAACAGCAACAACAGCAGCAGCAACAACAACAACAACAACAGGACACGAAUUCUGUUUAUAGCACAGAUACCAGUGAAUUGGCAGCGUUGCUUUGUGGUUCGGGCAAUGGUCAGUUGUCAAUUCUGAAUAAUAAUUGUGGUAGAAGUGGUGGUAGAACUGGUUCUGAGAAUGCCGAUGCUGGACUAGAACAGCAGCAGCAAACACAUUGCGACGAUUAUCGUUUUCGGCAGUUGCAGCAAGAGUUGGCCUCCGAUGAACAAGAACAGCAACGGCGCUUGCUGCUCGGCUUAAGUAUCGAUUGCAAAAAAGAGAACGCACUGUCAUCGCAUAUUUGUGAUUCUCUAGAUGAUACAUUCGAUAAUGUUUACAGUAAGGAUUCUGCGAAUCUUGACUGCUGGAAUGAGUUGUUGCAAAUCAAUGUUAACGACUCCUCAUCCUCCGCUGCUGGCUCUCCUGUUGGGUCAUUAAGUUCGCCAACCCAGCACCAUUCGCCUCAAAAGUCAGAUGAUAGGAAGUCACAUUUGCGAUUGGAACAGAAUUUGUCACCUCAUCAACAGCAGCACAAUAUAAUUUUGAAUGCAGUACCAUUGAUAACUAUACAAGAUACUAAGAAUAUUUUGUUGCAACAACAAUACGACAAUAGCAAUAAACUCUUAAUAAAUGAUGGAAUUUCACCAACGAAUCGUGGUGGUAAUAAAAUCACAGCAAUCAAAAUGUCGAAUGACCAAACUGCCACAAACAUAACAAAAGCAGCAGCGACAAUUUCAACACCGUUUCCAGCUAGUGUUGGUGCCACAUUGCGAAGAAUCGAUUUCAAGCAGCAGCAACAACAUCAACAGCAAUAUCAAGUUCGUCUUUCAAACGUUAGUAAGAGUAUGCUGAUGCACCAAGAAAUCCAACAGCAACAACAACAUCAAGUCCAACAAUCACACAAACGGCAUUUGGAAAGCUCUUUAGCCAACCCUCAGCAAGAGAUGAAACGCAUGAAGAGCACAUGCACUGGAAAAGACGGAAUGGAGCUGCAUGCUAUUCCACAGUUGCUGCAACAGUUAGUGGCACCCGUGAAUUCACAACAAAUGAAAGAACAGCAAGAAAAACAGCAGCAACAACAACAAUCACGCAAAUUGAAUGCUGGACAUAAUGACAGUGGCCACGGUGCUUGGCCAAUGGGUGGCGACGCCAAAACUGCCAUUAUCAUGCAGCAACAACAAAAACAAUCGAAUUCAGUGCUAAAAAAUUUGCUAAUAAGCGGUUGCGAUACAUCAAACUUUGCCGAAGAUUUAUUGGAACAACCACUCUCCGCUUUAUCACCAUCGCUAACCAAGCCCUUGCAUUGUCAAACAUCGACGGCUGCUGUGCUGCGCAAUUAUCGUCACAAUCCAAUGAUUGGUGGUCCAUGUGUCCUACCAUCGCCACCUUUUGGUCCGGUCGUUAAUAACGACAGCUGUGCAGACACUUGUAGCAGCGAAGUCAGCCCUUCGAGUGUUACACCAGUCGAUGCUGAGUCCACUUCAGAUAGCGGUAUUGAUGACAUUUGUGUGAUGGAAACUUCAUCGAUUAAGUUACAAUUAGAUAAAUCAAAAGAGCUAAGUGUCAAACCAAUCACUGGAUGCUCAGCCGCCACCAAAGAUAUGCUAUUGAUGAAGUGCUUGAACAACAAAGCAAUCAAAAAUCGUGCCUCAAUGGGUCUUGCGGCUAGUGAGACACAACUGAAGCAGCAGCAAUUUCCUCCGCAGCCCGCUGCUGAGAGAAUCGAUGGUGCAGCAGCCAUUGGCAUUAUUAACGAUUGCGGAAAUUCUAAGGGUUCUGUAAAAACUUCCUCAGAUAAUAUAAAUCCAUUAAUGGAACCGUUUAUAAUGGAAUUGUGCAAUGAUGACUAUGAUGUUCCUACCGAGCCGUUUUUAGGACCAAACGAAAUCGAUCAUGUCCUUAAUGACUGGGCCCAUGAAAUGGCCUAGUUGAAGGAGAGUUUGAACAAGACGACAUUAAAAAAAGAACUAAACCGGACGAGAAAAUGAAACGGACUAAGAGACGAUAACUAAAGGAACAAAAUAAAGAAAUUAAGGGACCAGGUUGGGGAUGUGUUACAUAUUCUACGGAUUUGAGCGUAAAUGUAGAAAACAAACAAAUAAUUUUAUAGGACAAAAACAAAGCAUUUUUACGUGCUCUAAAAGAAUUGUAACGGUAACUGUUAAUGAAGGCAACGAAUUUCAAUUGACGAAGUGCUGACUGUAGAGUUUUUAGAUGGUGACGAUAGUAACGAACGUUUUUAAAUAUGGACAAUUUUAUUUGAUUUAAACAUUUUUCUUGUUGCCAUAGCUAAAGCAGUUGCUUAAGAUGAACAUGAAUUGGAGUUUUUUUUUAAGGGGAGUCGGUUUAAAGAAACGGGAGCAAAGGGAAAUACAUGCAGAAAUUUAUUAAUGAAUACUUUAUUUACUACAAAGUGCAUACAUCAUCUUCUGGACUGUUUAAAAGUUACCUUAGUCAGGCGAUAAGAAGAAGAUAUUACAAAAGAAAAAUGUCGCUUUACAUAUGUAAUAAAAUCUGGUAAGCAACUACUGAAAGAAAAAAGACGUCUGGUUGAAAAAGAAUAUGAUAAUAACAAAGAAAAUUUGAAACUCAAAAGCGAAACAACACAAGCUCGGAUGCAACUCAUUUUUAAAGGCCUUUAUUUCUUUCAUCAAAGUAAAAAUUCAGGUGGUUCUGGGGUUGAGUUGUACACGGUUAUGUAUUGAAAGGUAUGCAGAAGGCAAUUACGUAAAGCCUCAGAGGUAUAAGUUAAAUGGGAUUAUUAUGUACGAAGGACGACAGUAAAUUUUAAAUUACUUAAGAUUUCAUUUCUACUUCGUUUUGUAUUGCAUUUUUCGAUCAUAAUAGAUAUGAAACUGUAAAAAAAGGGAAAAAUAGUGUAAAAUAAAUAACAAUUAUUUUUACAAAUUCUUUCUUACCUUAUGCUGUAUAUGAAACUGUAAAAAAGAGAAAAAUAGUGUAAAAUAAAUAACAAUUAUUUUUACAAAUUCCUUCUUACCUUAUGCUGUAUCCGAAGAAUGAGUUUUUACGUGACCAGCAAAUGCAAUCCUGUGUACAUCUUUUAUCAACAGGAAUACAAUAUUUUGCGAAAAAAACAACUGUUAAAACAAAAAGGAAUAUACAAAAUAAACACACACUUUAUAAAUAUAUUUAAAAAUUUUAUUAGUUUUAACUUUUUACUGCCCAAAACAGAAAUAAACUUGGUUAGAUAUGUAAGUCGAAAUCUUUACACAUAUAUACAUAUAUAGUAAAAGCAAAAAUAAAAAAAAAAUAAAAAAAACAACAAAAACCUAUAGUUUUUGUGCGCAAAAUGUUCAAUAAAGUAAUUUUUAUUAUUUGUCUCUGUUAGAGAAACCUUUAAAGAAUCAAAAA